AUGAAACGGUGACAGAGGAGAAAACAUCUGGAAAACAAAGAGUCCCAGGAAACCAGCAAGAAGGAAGGGGGAAUCUGGAGAGUACGAGACAGUCCCCUGCCUCUAGCACACCCAGCAGAGGUUCAGGAAUGAGGGGAGACUGACCCCCCCUCACAACACAUCUCCCUCUCGUCCCCUUCGUCCCAUAAGACGUGUGUGUCCUCUCUGUGUCUAAACAAAGAGGAAAGGGGCAUGAAAAUCUACUACAUGCGGGUACAAGUGAAAAAGAGGGUGGCUGUCUGCUGGGAGACAGAGGAAGGCUCAGACUCACUAGACAAGCAGCCGAGGAUGGAAGAGGCGACCCUUCCUGACAUCGUGUGGGUAGGUACUCCUCCCUCUGAUGUGUCCACCAGAAGCCUCCUGUCUCACAGCGAGCCCAGUGAGGACGAGGAAGAGCAUGAAGAAAGGGAAGACUCAGGUAACCCACCAGGGUCCUCUGACAUCGAGGCGGGACCCAGCAAGAGCCCUGACUGGCUGGUGACCAUGGACACCGGCUUCCGGUGCCUGGCCUACUGCGGCGUCUUCUCCACCUUGGGGAGCCUCCAGGAGCAGGUGCAGUACAGGGUCAGCGAGCGCUUCAGCUGCCGUGUCUUCCACCUCACCAUGGCUCAGCUGACAGGCAGGGUGAUGGCAGAGGGUGCCCAGGAGGAAGCGGAGGAGGAAGACAAGCAACAAGAAGAGAACGAGGAGGAGCAGUCCACACACGAAGACCUCAGCACGAGAGGGGCCUUGAGCCAGUGUCCAGGCUGUGUGUUCCAUUCUCCAAAUGACAGGAAGAGAAGAAAGGACCACAGGGACAGUGGCAGACAGAAUGCUAGUGGCAGGAAAAAGGAAGGAAGGCCCAGCAUUCAGUCCAACAUCACAUGA